CCUGCGGGCCGGAACAGCCGCGGCAAGUGGCGGCGGCGGAGGCAGCUGAGGCGGCGGCGAGCGGGGGUCGCGGCGGCGGCGGCAGCGGGCCCGGAGGCGGGCCGAGGAGCCGGGCGUGAUGGAGCGGAAGAGGUGGGAGUGCCCGGCGCUCCCGCAGGGCUGGGAGAGGGAAGAAGUGCCCAGAAGGUCGGGGCUGUCGGCCGGCCACAGGGAUGUCUUUUACUAUAGCCCCAGUGGGAAGAAGUUCCGCAGCAAGCCCCAGCUGGCGCGCUACCUGGGGGGCUCCAUGGACCUGAGCACCUUUGACUUCCGCACCGGCAAGAUGCUGAUGAGCAAGAUGAACAAGAGCCGCCAACGCGUGCGCUACGACUCCUCCAACCAGGUCAAGGGCAAGCCCGACCUGAACACAGCGCUGCCUGUGCGGCAGACAGCGUCCAUCUUUAAGCAGCCUGUGACCAAGAUCACCAACCACCCCAGCAACAAGGUGAAGAGUGACCCACAGAAGGCUGUGGACCAGCCCCGGCAGCUGUUCUGGGAGAAGAAGCUGAGCGGCCUGAGUGCCUUUGACAUCGCGGAGGAGCUGGUCAGGACCAUGGACCUACCCAAAGGCCUGCAGGGGGUGGGCCCAGGCUGUACGGAUGAGACGCUGCUGUCGGCCAUUGCCAGCGCCCUGCACACCAGCACCAUGCCCAUCACGGGGCAGCUCUCAGCCGCCGUGGAGAAGAACCCUGGUGUGUGGCUGAACACCACGCAACCCCUGUGCAAAGCAUUCAUGGUGACUGACGAGGACAUCAGGAAGCAGGAGGAGCUGGUGCAGCAGGUGCGGAAGCGGCUGGAGGAGGCACUGAUGGCCGACAUGCUGGCCCACGUGGAGGAGCUGGCCCGUGAUGGUGAGGCGCCACUGGACAAGGCCUGUGGGGAUGACGAAGACGACGACGAGGAGGACGAGGAGGAGGAGCCGGAGCCAGACCAGGAGCUGGAGCGUGUCUAGAGCAGGUGCUCGGCUGAUGCCCUCCCCACCAGGAGGCCAGGCUCUGGGACCUGAGGCCAAGGCUGGCUGGCAAGUGGGGUCAGUGCAAGAGCACCCCAGCCUGGUGUGCAGGUGGCAGCUGGGAGCACGCCUCGCCAGGCCUGCUCCUGUCCCAAGUCACCUUGCUGACGGCGUCCCCUCCCCAUCCUUUGCAGACGCCCUGCCUGAGAGCCCUGUGCUGCAGGGCCACCAGCUCGCCUCUACACGGCCACCUACAGACUUGGCCCUGGGCCACACUGGGGACCAGGCUCAGCAGUCAGGCACAGUCUGGGAGGAGGGCAGCCCCUCCUCCCCUGGGCCUCAACACGGGGCGCCUGAGGGCAGCCCUGCCUGGUGGACCCUCCAUCAUGGCUCUUCUCUGGGGGCCUGGGGGCCCCCGCGUGUGGACUCGGGCCUGUGGUGCCCCAGCCUGUCCCCGUGGUCUCUGCCCCAAGCUCCUCCACAUGGGAGAGGUGCCAGCAGACGCACCCGUCCCUCGGUGCCCUGGAGCUGGUCACACAGAGGUCCUUCGGUUGCCAUGUCCAGGAGCCAGGGAAAUAUUCCAGAAACACAGCUCCACCUCCUUCCAGUGCAGUGUGAGCAGCACUGCUCUGGGCCAGCAUCGUGACCAUGGUCCUGCGCUGCCACCCAGCUGGGUAGGGCCGGUGACCCCAGUGAGGGCAUCCGAGAGCCAGCAGCCACCUAGGAGGUCACUUCCCUCAAUAAAUCGAUGAUACAAAUGGGGCUGGAACUUGGCUGUUUGACCCUUUGUUUGGCCACCAGCAGAGGUGAUGGGGACAGCUUUCUGAAACCCGCUGCCCUGCCUCGGUGCAGGUGCUUGGCAGCACCCAGGCUACACCCAGGUUCCCCUGCGGUGCCAGGGAGAUCCCUAGUCCAGCUGCAGAGAAAUGAGCUGGCCCUUUGGGUGUGGCCCCCACAAUAGCCACCYCUGAGAGUAAUGUGGUGGCACAGUGGCAAAGGGAAUGGCCACUGCUUGGAUACCCCUACCACCCCUGCUGUGACUUGGAGGUGCCCGGGCCCAGUUAGGCCCUGCUUCUUCCUCCAUCGCCCUGAUGCUCACAGCACUAGUUGUCCUUUGGCUCCCCUGCUGCCCCAGCCAGGAUGUGGUCACUCUCAGGCUGGACAAGAGGGAGGCCAGCACCUUCUUGGCUCCCCCUGGGGCUCAGCCASCACUACCCCUGGCAGUUGGGGGCUGAGCCUGGUAUGAUGGCCGAAGAAGGGACCCCUUCAUUUGUGGGAUCCCCUACUAAGGUCACUGUUAGACCCGCAUUGUCCCCCUUGCCCUCAGGGCCAUGGCCUGGGGUGCCAGGUUGAUGCUGUCACCUUUCAAAGCACAAACCCUUGGCACAGGAAGACUGCUCACUCCCUGGGCUGCCAGACGGGGCCAGUCUCCCACGAGGCUGCCAGGGGAGCUCCUGUGGGGCCAGCUCCUCUUCCUGGCACUGGGUUCUUGUGAGGAUGAUGGCUUCAGUGCUUGCUGUGACCCUGAGGCCAGGGGUGCUGCCUGGUAGGGGACACAGCUGCAGUGGGCACUGUACCUGAAUAAAGACACUUCCAAGAA